CCGCGGCACUUUUCCAUGCCGGAAAACCUCUUUAUUUCAAGCCCGUGCUUUCGCAACCUCUUCCCGCUUCAGUACGCAUGCGUAGGGCCUUGUGGUAGCGCGCACGCGCAUGCGUUAACCGCUUUCCCUGCCUAUUGGCCCGUUUGGGGGGACGGGGCGGGCCGAGCGCCAAAUACAAACGGGGGUUGGAGAAUUUCGAAUCGCUUCAUUGUGUGGGAGCCGCUUUGGACGGAAGGAGCCGGAGAAAGAGGCCCAUCGGGGUUUGCGCUCUCCUGCUUUUCCCUGCUGUCUUGCUCGGUAUUCAUGACGACUAGUCAACGAUUAAGUCAGGCUGAGUUCCGCCGAGUCCCUGUUAAAGCGCAAGCCCGAGUACGGGUUUGUGUGCGAUUGCGCCCUGGUGUGGGAAAUGGACAGGGUCAGAGUGCCCCAUGUGUACGAGGCGUGGACUCCCACUCCCUGGAAAUCCUCAACUGGAGAAAUGAGAUGGAGACGAUGAAGUACCGGUUUGAUGCCUUUUAUGGUGAAAAAGCCACUCAAAACGACAUCUACGUGGGAUCAGUUCAGCCUGUCCUGAGCCAUUUGCUGGAGGGGCAGAAUGCCAGCAUUCUGGCCUACGGGCCUACUGGAGCAGGUAAAACACACACCAUGUUGGGGAGUCCGGAUCAGCCGGGGAUGAUUCCGCGAGCACUUCGGGAUCUCCUACAGAUGACCAGGAAUGCCUCAGGGGAUGAGUGGAAGUACUCGAUUUCCAUGUCCUAUCUGGAGAUCUACCAAGAGAAGGUUUUGGAUCUUCUGCAGCCCUCCCUCCGCGACCUGCCGAUCCGGGAGGACCACAACCACCACAUCCUGGUGCCUGGCCUGACGCAGAAGGAGAUCAAAAGCUUCUCGGAUUUUGAAAGUCUCUUCUUGCCUGCCAGCGCCAACAGGACUGUGGCAUCCACGCAGCUGAACAAGCGCUCCAGCCGCAGCCACACCGUGCUGCUGGUGUGGGUGAGCCAGACCCAGGGCUGGCCCCCGUACGCCCGCCGUGCUGCCAAACUGUGCCUCAUCGACUUGGCCGGCUCGGAGGACAACCGGCGGACAGGCAACCGAGGCCUGCGUCUGAAGGAGAGCGGAGCCAUUAACACUUCGCUCUUUGUGCUCAGCAAGGUGGUGGAUGCCCUCAACCAGGGGCUGCCUCGGGUGCCCUACAGAGACAGCAAGCUGACCCGUCUGUUGCAGGAUUCUCUGGGCGGCACCGCUCACAGCGUGAUCAUUGCGAACAUCGCCCCCGACAAGCGGUACUACUUUGACACCCUCACGAGCCUCAACUUUGCCGCCAAGUCCAAACAGGUGGUGAAUAAGCCCUUCACACAGGAAACGCUGCCAGAUCAGGUGACCAAGAGACCUCAUGCAGACUCCAGUGACUCGGAUCCUGAGGCUAAGAAACCCUGCCUUGAAGAGGAGCGCCGAACGAAGUUGCCGGAGAAGCCGCUAAGUUCCUUGAUCCCUUUGGAGAAUCUUGAGCCGGCUGUGGCCCAGCGGCUGUUGCGCCUGGAGGCCCUGGAAAAAGAGCACGCAAGGACUGGGAGUCAUGGGCUGCCCCUCCUCAAUACACCCCGCAAGGAGCGACAGGGCCUUGUGAAGCAGCUGGAAGAGACCAAGCUCAAACUGAAGGCUCUCGAAGAGAAACAGCUGGAGAUGGAGGCCAGAGCUCACAGUAAAGCACGUGAGCCUGCUCUUCGGGUGCCUGUCAGACCCCGAAAAAAGGCAGUGGUACUGCCCCUCCAGAAAGUUCAGACACCUGAGAAGACACAGGAGGAAGACGCUGUUGCCAUCAUACAACAGAAGAAGAGAGGACGGAAGAAGAAGGUGUCGACCUCCAGCUGUGAAAACGAAACUCCCACUGAAUGGGAGGUGGCGUUGCGGCCUGACCUGCUGGCUCGGGGCAAGGAGAACAUCUUGGCCCUCCUGAACACAGGCUCAGAGAAAGAUCUUACGGCUCUGCACCGGAUUGGCAAAAAGAAGGCUCGCCUCAUUGUGGCCUGGAGGGACCGCCACGGGUUGUUUGAAAAGGUUGAAGACUUCGAAAAAAUCGAAGGGGUCUCCACCAAGCAAGCCGCUUCCUUUAUACAGGCAAAUAUCCUCAGCAGUCUUGGAAACAUUAAGCCACUGAACUGAUCCUGCAACCUUGGUUUUUAUUAACAAUGUAUUUGGUCUAAAUUAAUUUUUAUGUGUUUAAAUGAAAGUGAAGUACAAAAUUCUGUAUGUUUAUCAUUUUGCAUGCCUCUGGAUCACAGGUGUCAAACUUGUGGCUCUCCAGAUGUUAUGGACUGCAGUUCCCAUCAUUUCUCCUUCCGUCUCUUUUAUAUGUAAUUCAAUACACUCGUUAUUAUAAAAGAGGAAAAUAUAGCCUAAA